AGGGGAGGAAGCAGCCGCUGGACGCGGAUGCUGUGUGCCUGGGCACAGGGGCUGAGGGGUCCAGGGUGAGGGGCCGGGCCGUCGGCCGCUCGCGAGGAUCUGAGGGAGCCGCGGCGGCGUCGGGGCGUCACCAGGCUCCAGUCGGGGUGCAGCAGCUGCGGAGGAACCCGAGGCGCCUUCUCCCUUUGUGUCCCGGGCGGGGUCCACCCAGAGGACGGCCCGCGGGCCGGGGUUCACCCCGGCACCCCAGGACUCUCCCUGACGCCCCGGGGCCGCGGGGGUAGCGCCUGCCUCUCCGCGGGUCGGAGAUCCCCCGGGCUGCAGAGGCCCCAACCUGCCUGAGCCUUUCGGAUACCCCUUUGUCUCUGCCCACCCCCCACCCCGAUUUCCCAGCCUCGCCCCCCAGGACUGCUCGUCCCAGUAAGACCUCGGCGCAGAGGUUUGAUAUUUUGAUGAUUUGCAUCUAGCUCAUGGUUGACAGUUCAAGAAAGAAAAUUAAGGAAGGAUGGAUGCAAAAGCUCGCAAUUGUUUGCUUCAGCAUCGAGAAGCUCUGGAACAGGACAUCAAAACAUCCUACAUCAUGGAUCACAUGAUUACUGAUGGGGUUUUAACAGUAUCAGAGGAAGAAAAAGUUAAAAAUGAGCCCACUCAACAGCAACGAGCAGCUAUGCUCAUUAAAAUGAUACUUAAAAAAGAUAAUCAUUCCUACAUAUCCUUCUACAAUGCUCUACUACACGAAGGGUAUAAAGAUCUCGCUGCUCUCCUGUGUGGUGGUGUUCCUAUUGUCUCUUCUUCGAAUGGCAAAGACUCGGAUUGUGGAAUAACUUCAUAUGUGAGGACAAUCCUGUGUGAAGGUGGAGUACCGCAGAGGCCAGUUGUUUUUGUUACUAGGAAGAAGCUGGUGAAUGCAAUUCAGCAGAAACUCUGCAAACUGAACGGUGAACCAGGAUGGGUCACCAUCUAUGGGAUGGCAGGUUGUGGGAAGUCUGUAUUAGCUGCAGAAGCUGUUCGAGAUCAUUCUUUCCUACAAAGUUGUUUCCCAGGCGGUGUCAAUUGGGUUUCAGUUGGGAAACAAGACAAACCUGGGCUUCUGAUGAAAUUGCAGAAUCUUUGCACACGGUUGGAUCAGGAUGAGAGUUUCUCCCAGAGGCUUCCACUUAAUAUUGAAGAGGCUAAAGACCGUCUUCGAAUUCUGAUGCUACGCAAACACCCUAGGUCUCUGUUGAUCUUGGAUGAUGUUUGGGACCCUUGGGUGUUAAAAGCUUUUGACAAUCAGUGUCAAAUUCUUCUUACAACCAGAGACAAGAGUGUUACAGAUUCAGUAAUGGGUCCUAAAUAUGUAGUGUCUGUGGAAAGUGGUUUAGGAAAAGAAAAAGGACUUGAAAUUUUAUCCCUCUUUGUUAAUAUGAAGAAAGCAGAUUUGCCAGAACAAGCUCACAGUAUUAUAAAAGAAUGUAAAGGUUCUCCUCUUGUAGUAUCUUUAAUUGGCGCUCUUCUACGUGAUUUUCCCAAUCGCUGGGAGUACUACCUCAGGCAACUUCAGAAUAAACAGUUUAAGAGAAUAAGGAAAUCUUCAUCUUAUGAUUAUGAGGCUCUGGAUGAAGCCAUGUCUAUAAGUGUUGAAAUGCUCAGAGAAGACAUCAAAGGUUAUUACACUGAUCUUUCCAUUCUUCAGAAGGAUGUUAAGGUGCCUACAAAGGUGUUAUGUAUUCUCUGGGACAUGGAAACUGAAGAAGUUGAAGACAUACUGCAAGAGUUUGUUAAUAAAUCACUCUUAUUCUGUGAUCGAAAUGGAAAGUCAUUUCAUUAUUAUUUACAUGAUCUUCAAAUAGAUUUCCUUACAGAGAAGAAUCGUGACCAACUUCAGGAUCUGCAUAAGAAGAUAAUCACUCAGAUCCUCCAUCAUCAACCACAUUUCACAAUCAUCUUCUCAAUUUUCUUGCAUAUUGAUUCUUUGCUGUCUGUAACAGUGCUUCUGAUGUUACUUUUUUAUUUUUUAAAGGAACUUUGUGCUUUAAUGUUUUCCCUGGAUUGGAUUAAAGCAAAAACAGAACUCGUAGGCCCUGCUCAUCUGAUUCAUGAAUUUGUGGAAUAUAGUCAUAUAUUAGAUGAAAAGGAUUGUGCAGUCUGUGAGAAUUUCCAGGAGUUUUUAUCUUUAAAUGGACACCUCCUUGGGCGGCAGCCAUUUCCUAAUAUUGUACAAUUGGGUCUCUGUGAACCGGAAAGCUCAGAAGUUUAUCGGCAAGCUAAGCUGCAGGCCAAGCAGGAGGUCGAUAAUGGAAUGCUUUACCUGGAGUGGAUAAACAAAAAAAACAUCAAGAAUCUCUCCCGCUUAGUUGUCCGCCCCCAUACAGAUGCUGUUUACCAUGCUUGCUUUUCUGAGGAUGGUCAAAGAAUAGCUUCUUGUGGAGCUGAUAAAACCUUGCAGGUGUUCAAAGCAGAAACAGGAGAGAAACUUCUAGAAAUCAAGGCUCAUGAAGAUGAAGUGCUUUGCUGUGCAUUCUCUGCAGAUAACAGAUUUAUAGCAACUUGCUCAGUGGAUAAAAAAGUGAAGAUUUGGAAUUCUGUGACUGGGGAACUAGUCCACACCUAUGAGGAGCACUCAGAACAAGUCAACUGCUGCCACUUCACCAACAGUAGUCAUCACAUUCUCUUAGCCACGGGGUCAAGUGACUCCUGCCUCAAACUCUGGGAUUUGAACCAAAAACCAUGUCGAAAUACCUUGUUUGACCAUAGAAAUGCAGUUACUCACUGCAGAUUUUCACCAGAUGACAAGUUUUUGGCUAGUUGUUCAGCUGAUGGAACAUUAAAGCUCUGGGAUGUGAAAUCAGCCAACUUGAGGAAAAGCAUUGAUGUGAAGCAGUUCUUCCUAAAUUCAGAAGAACCUCAAGAGGAUAUGGAAGUGAUAGUGAAAUGUUGCUCAUGGUCUGCUGAUGGUGCUAAGAUAAUGGUGGCAGCAAAAAAUAAAAUCUUUCUUUUUGACAUUCAUACCAAGAACCUGUUGGCAGAAAUUCAUACAGGUCAUCAGAGCACGAUCCAGUACUGUGACUUCUACCCGCAGAACCACUUGGUAAUAGUGGCUUUAUCCCAGUACUGUGUGGAGUUGUGGAAUGUGGACUCAUGUUUAAAAGUAGCUGAUUGCAGAGGACAUUUAAGUUGGGUUCAUUGUGUGAUGUUUUCUCCUGAUGGAUCAUCAUUUUUGACAUCUUCUGAUGACCAGACAAUCAGGCUCUGGGAGACAAGGAAAGUAUGUCAGAACUCUGCUACUGUGUUAAAGCAAGAAAUAGAUGUUGUGUUUCAAGAAAAUGAAGUGAUGGUUCUUGCAGCUGACAAUAUAAGACAUCUGCAACUCAUUAAUGGAAAAACAGGUCAGACUGAUGAUCUAACUGAAGCUCAAGUUAGUUGCUGCUGCUUAAGCCCCCAUCUGCAGUAUAUUGCAUUUGGAGAUGAAGAAGGAGCCAUUAAGAUUUUAGAGCCCCUAAACAACAGAACCUUUCCAUCCAGAAUUGGGCAUAAGAGCACCGUACGGCACAUGCAGUUCACGGCUGAUGGGAAGACUCUUAUUUCCAGCGCGGAUGAUCCUGUAAUUCAGGUAUGGAAUUGGCAAUCAGAGGACUAUAUCUUUCUGCAAGCCCAUCAGGAAGCAGUGAAAGACUUUAGGCUCCUGAAAAAUUCAAGCCUGCUUUCUUGGUCAUUUGAUGGAACAGUGAAGGUAUGGAAUAUUAUUUCUGGAAGAAUAGAAAAAGACUUUCCCUGUCACCAGGAUACAGUACUUUCUUGUGAUAUUUCUCCCGAUGUUACCAAAUUUUCAUCUACCUCCACUGACAAGACGGCAAAGAUUUGGAAGUUUGAACCCUUUUCCCUUCUUCAUGAAUUGACGGACCACAAAGGCUGUGUGCGCUGCUCUGUCUUCUCUGCAGACAGCACCCUGCUGGCGACCGGAGACGACAAUGGAGAAAUCAGGAUAUGGAAUGUCUCAAAUGGUGAGCUUCUUCAUUUGUGUGCUCCGAGUUCAGUAGAAGGAGCAGCUGCUACCCAUGGAGGCUGGGUGACCGACCUUCGCUUUUCUCCAGAUAACAAAAUGCUUGUUUCUGCUGGAGGCUAUCUUAAGUGGUGGAAUGUUGUCACUGGGGAGUCCUCGCAGACCUUCUACACAAACGGAACCAACCUUAAGAAAAUACACGUGUCCCCCGACUUCAAAACAUGUGUGACUGUUGAUAAUCUGGGUAUUUUAUAUAUCUUACAGAUUUUAGAGUAAAAUAUUAAGCAUUAAUAUAGGCUGAACAUUUGAUUUUGAAUUGAAAAAGAAUUCUAAUGAAACUGUAUUUCAACUCUUUAUAAAGCUGUGAAUUAUUUUGCAGUAUUGCAUUAUGAAAGUGUUUGUGGUUGGAUGAAUAAUAUUUUAAUGUAGCUUUUCCCCAAAUGAACAUACCUUUUAAUCUUGUUUUUCAUAAUCAUCAUUAUUGUUAACAGUUUGUCCUUAAGAUGCAAAUGAAAAUGUAAAUAUGUACCUUGUUGUACUGUUGGUAAAGUUCUCUCUUGAUGCAUUCAAAUUGGUUGACAUAAUUAAUUUGAAGGAAACUGUAUUUUAAUACUUUCAUUAUGCAGGCUGUGCCUCAAGCUGUGAUGGCCUGCAUUCUGAACCACACUUACCCCGAGGGGAUAUGGUUCUCUCCAAUAUGAGCUUGGAGCUUAUUUGCACCCCUUAAACUUGCUUUAAAAAUAUUGUGACUCUGCACACAUUUUGCAUCAUUUCCUUUAAUUCACUCAAUAAGUGAAUUUUGGAUCUUAAAAGUUCUUUCUGUGACGCACAGUUACGUGUGUGGGAAAGAGGAUUGUCUGCCUUUUCCUUCCUGGCGACGGCAGCCCGGGCCAGCGCUGGGCUCCAGGUGCUCGUGUCCGAGUGGAGUGCUGACCUGCUUGCUCUUUUUUUUUUUAAACCACCAGACCUCUUACUUGAUUGAACUUGACCUUCUUGAGUCCUUGUUUGUUUUUUUUAAGCAGUUGCUCACCAGUUUAAUGUUGGAAAAUCAGAAUAAUUGGGGAGGCGCAUAUAAUCAUGGUUAAUCAUACAUUUUAACAAUAAAAGUUUGCUAAGAAAUCUAAAAUAGUGAAAAAUAAUUUCUUCUAAUCCCUAUUAUUUUUAGAUAAAUGGCAUCGUCAACAGUGUUUUUCUCUUAGUAAAGUUCAAGAUAAUUCUCUCUGGUUUUUCAAUGCGAUUCCAGCAACUUGGUCAGGACUCUAGAAAUGUUAUUUUUAACCUUCCAAGCAACCUUGCUGUCUGCCCCUUUCCCCAUCUUUUCUCCUCUUCUUCCUCCUUUUUUCCCCUCCCUUCCUCCCUCUAAGGUUAAUCAAGAAAGAUAGUUCUGACAGGGAAAUAGCACAUCAGCGUUAAUAACUUUUUUGACCUCCUGAUUAGGAACUUUAAUUGAAAUUUAAAUCUAAAUGGUUUCCUUGAAAUGCAUUCAGGGAAAUGGUGAUAAAUUUAAUAAUAGAUGUGGUCUAUAUUUUAAAUUUUACAAAAGUUUUUGUUUCUGCAACAAGAACUAAAUCAGUUAGUAGUGGUGUUAACAGUAGAUGAGCAGUGAGCCAGUUUCUGCUGUUGGCGGUGCAUGUUAGGAGCGGAGGGAUGGGUGCGGGAAACUGGCCCUCCCAGGUAUAUUUUAGAUUAGCUGUUCCUACUUAGCAUUUGAGGGGACCUUAAUUAGAGUGAAUAAAAUCUUCUACAUUGUUGAAGAGGUCGUUUCGUUUUUUAAUGGUGGGUUGAAGAACUAGUUUACAGACUUACCGUCAUUUAAGCAAACAUGAUGUGAAAAUCUUAAUUUUAUGAAAAGACGUUUCUGUAUGUAUUUACUGCUUAGAGUAUUUAAAUCAUAAAUUGAUUGCAUACAAUAGUUAAAAGCUCAUAUCAUCUCUAGUUAAAAGCUCAUAUCAUCUCUAGUUCAGAAUAUAAAGUAUUAACUUUGGAAUUAAAAGUCACUUGGCUGUUAAAGUAUAACAACAAAUGUCAGCUUCUUCAAAACUUUGACUGGCCCCUGUCUUAAAAGUUAAUUAAAAAGAAAACUAGGAAAGACAGACGAGGUAACGCGAGGAAAGAAGAGACGCCUAGUGUGAUGGAGGUGCAUGGUCUGUGGCUGUUGUUCUGUGUUUGCAGACCAACAUUUUUCUUCUCUGCUAAUUUUUUUUUUCUGAAUUGGAAAUUAAAUUGCUUUUUGUAUACAUAAAGUUUUUUUUUUACUUCGUGUGUGUCUUGUGUUUUGAAAUGAUGGGUUUCAUAUUUAUGAUACAAUUUAUAGGAUUUUUUUGAUGUUAGU